CGUCUCUUCUUCCGUGAUCAUCGGUGGUCCCUUAUUUUUCCCGUCCUCGUUAUUUGGCGCGAUUUAGUGCUUUCUCGUCUUCGACGUGGUUUUGUUCCGUGGUUUCGCGUCCGUGACGUUCCUCGGUGAUUUCUCGUCUUUGCCGGUACAUUGUGAUUUUGAAACUGGCGCAACACGGUGGUCCCUCGUUUUAUCGGGUUUUUCAAGUUUGACGUUUCCGUCCAUUUGGCGCCACGCAGCUUCCCGUGUCUCCAAUUCGACGGUUCUUGCCAUUUGACGCGGUUUACCCGACGCCGAGUCGAUCGCAAAAAGCGGACUCGCCCGAUAACGGAACGCGCCUCCGUCCAUUCCGGGGGACGAGGAGUCCCGCCGGUCCACCGGGACGCGGCUCCUCUCCGGAGAGCGAAAGAGGGAAACGGGUCGGUCACUCGGAGAUAAGACCUCCCGUCGCCGUCGUAGCGACCAGCGGACGGGAGAGGGCGGAGGAUGCGAGCGGGAGGACCGGCAUGGAGCUCAACGGGAACCACUCGCUCGACGAGUACCCUCGGCACUUCCCCAGGUCGGCCACGGUCUUCGCCGCCGUCUGCGCCAUCGUCUUCAGCGUCGUCGGCGUUCUAGGUAACCUGAUAACGGUUUUGGCCCUCCUCCGGUACGCUAGACUGAGGAGGCACGCGACCACCGCCUUCGUAAUCAGCCUGAGCGUCUCCGACCUGAUCUUCGCGGGGGUGAAUCUUCCUCUAACUGCCAGCAGAUACUUAAACGAGGCCUGGGUCCUCGGGGAGACUUUAUGCCGCAUCUUCCCCGUCUUCUUCUACGGCAAUGUCGCCGUUUCCUUGCUCAGCAUGGUGGCGAUCACGGUGAACAGGUACGUCCUGAUCUCCAAGUCGGAGAUCUACGCCAGGCUGUACACGCCGCACGGCAUCACGGCUAUGCUGAUCGCCAUCUGGACCCUGAGCUUCUCGUUGCUGAUCCCACCCCUGGUGGACGCCUGGGGGACCCUGGGCCUGGACGCGGCGACCUUCUCCUGCACGAUCCUGAAGAAGGACGGCAAGAGUCCGAAAAAGUUCCUUUUCCUGCUGGGCAUCGUCGUGCCCUGCGUGUCGCAGCGGAGCCACGCGCGCCAGGGCCUCGGCCGCGAGCCCCCCACCGUCAGGAUCCCCGGCCAGGGCGCGCUCCUCGGCAAGGAGGUGUUCCUGAGCCGCGCGCAGAAGGUGACGGCGUACCUGGGGAUCCCUUACGCCCAGGCGCCGCUGGGGCCGCUGCGCUUCGCCGCCCCGGUGCGCUCGCCGCUGCCCUCGUGGACCGGCACGCGCGACGCCUCCCGGUACCGGCCCUCCUGUCAGCAGCAGGUCGCCCGGCGCAAGCUCCACGAGACCCUCUACCUGCGCCUCCUGCCGCCCGACGACCAGCCCGACCCCGGGUUCAGCGAGGACUGCCUUUUCCUCAACGUCUUCGUGCCCGACGGAGCCCGCCCGCCCGAGGGCUGGCCGGUGAUGGUCUGGUUCCACGGGGGUGACUUCAACACCGGCACGCCGGCCAUCUGGGACGCCUCGGUGUUCGUGACCAAGCAAAAGGUUCUGGUGGUGACGGUGGCUUAUCGACUGAACAUCCUGGGCUUCUUCACGACGACCGACGCCGAGGCUCCGGGUAACUACGGGAUACUGGACCAGCUGGCGGCGCUGGACUGGGUGCGGCGCAACGUGGACGUCUUCGACGGGUCGCCGGGGAACGUGGCGAUCGCCGGGCACAGCUCGGGAGCGAUCAGCGUCGGCCUUCACCUGGUGAGCCCGCUGAGUCGUGGCCUCUUCUCCAAGGCCAUCGCCAUGAGCGGGGACGCGGUGGGGUCGGUAGGUUCCCCCGAGGCCGAGGAGUCCGUCGUCGACCUGGUGGCGGAGAAGUUCGGCUGCUAUCGGCGGCCGACAUCCGCCCUGAUGGAGUGUCUGCGCCGCGUGGACGGGGCCAUCCUGGUGCGCGAGACGGCCGACAUCGAGACCUGGGGGCCGAUCGUCGACGCCGACACCGUCAACGCGUCGGAGCCCUUCCUGCCGGAGCACCCUCGGGACGCCCUGGCUAGCGGCGUCUUCAACGCGGUUCCCCUGGUGACCGGGUACGCCAACAACGAGCAGGCGCUCGCCUACAUCGAGGGCGUCGUCGGCGCCGAGGACGGCGGCCUCUCCCUGACGCGCUUCGAGGGCCUGGUGGUGGACGAGGCCACCGCCACCGUGGAGGAGCCCGACGAGAACAGCACCUGCGAGUCCAAGCCGAAGGUGGUCGCCGACGCGGUGCUCUUCUUCUACAAGCCCCAUCCAAGUACCGAAAACCGCACCUUGCUGCGCGAUCGGUACCUGGACAUGCAGACGGAGCGCAGCUACGCGUCCGGGCUAACGUUCCUGGCCGGCAAACUGGCUCAUCGCCAGCAGGCCUACGUCUACCGGUUCGACUACCGGCCGAAGACGCCCGCCGUGACGCGAGACGUUCCCGAGUGGGCCGGGGUGCCGCACAUGUUCGACCUGCAGUUCCUCUGGGGCCUCCCCUACGCCCUGGGCAGUCCGGUCCAGUGGAACGCCGCCGACAAGAAGAUAGCGGACACCGUCAUGACGACUUUCGCCAACUUCCUCCGUACCGGCACUCCCUCCCUGCCGGUCCCCUCGUCCGGGAAGUGGGAGCCCUACUCCGAAGCCUCCCCCGGCAUUCUUCUGAUCGACCGCACCGUCGAAAUGGCCGACCCCAGCCAGGUCGACUACAAGGCCUUGGCCUUCUGGAACGAGUACUACCCCUCGGUCCUCGUCGAGGCGACCAACAACUGCUGCAACGUCACCGACGCCGCCUCGACCUCGUAUCCUGGGUUCGCCUCCAGGCUCUCGGGUGCCCUCCUCGUCGCGACCCUGUCCCUAGGAGUCUAGUCCAUCCCUGGUCCGUCCUCCGUCGCGCCAGUGCCUUUGGCUUCCACCCCGGACGUCAGACUCCGGCGAUCUUAGACCAUAGAUAUUUAGACCUCGCAUUGCAACGAAACGCAGGGUGUUGCAUCGUGUACGAGGAGAAAGUCAGAUCCAAUCAGACUUUAGACCAUGUAUGUACAGACUUCACCUUGCAAUGGAAGAGAUACACGAAUGUACCACGUGAGCCGUCACCUCACUUACAGAGGUAGAGGUGACGCGAAAGUGGCGUCUAAGGGAUCGCGUUUAUGAAACUUGUCUCCGAACCGGGUGUACCGAGUAGUUUCAAACUUUACGUGAAUGCAGAGGCUAUACGGAAGGCCCUGGCACCAUGAAAUUUCAAUUUUUUUUUUAAUUUGUUCAUAUUUAAAAACAAGGCUUGGCGCCUUAACGCGUUAAAACCGUUCCGCUCGAAAAUUUGGGAAUGGGAUGUC